AUGGAACACCCUAUAGCAUUAAAGUUACGUUUGGACACUUUGCAACUGCGAGGCAUCCCAUCGCUCACACUCACACAGUUGCAAAGUGUCUCAACCCCGGUUCCGAACAAAAUCCCCCCCCCAAAAACUGAAAAAAUAUCGGUUGCAGAAUGGCGGAAGAGCCCGAAACCGGACCACUGGACUAUAACAACGAAAUGAUGACGCAAAUGUUGGAUGAGCUGACGAGUCAGAGUCCGAACAAAUCGAUAUUUCAACUGUUGGCCGAGGCGUUGAAAAUGGACAUUGCCGACUCGGACGCGCCGCCCAAUGAUAACGAUUUGCCGCCGAUUUUGCAAGCCGAGACCGAGUUCGACAAUAAUUUCAAUGGAAUUGACUCGAAUUGGACGAGUCCCAGGAGGCGUCAGCCCAAAGGCAAAGAAGAGGUUUCGCAACGCAAAAAAUUUGCUUCGUUUUUCGAAAAAUUCCCGAAAAUCUACGUUUCCAUUCAAAUUUCUCGACGCAAAACCGUUUAGCACUUCAAAAAUAGUCGUCAAAAUCGAUUUCGCACAGGAACGUCGUCGUCAAAUGGCAAAAAAUCGUGAAUACGCGCGAAAGUGCGUGCAAAAGAAGAAGGAUCAGCGGCGAGAGGCGGAAAUUCGGUGUAAACGGCUCGUCGAUCAGAUAAAUUCGCUGAAAAACACGACGGAAUACAAGGAGCGGAACGCGGGUUUCGCCGUCGAUUUACUCACCAUGUCCGAGGAAAUUGAGACGAAAAAUCGGACGGAUUAUGAGAAGACACGGGCGGCGGCGGUGGCAAAGUGGCAGAAAUUGGAGGCCCGCGACGAGACCGUCAACAUUAAUUAUUGUGUUAGUUUUUCGGAAACGUACUUGUUUUCGGAAAAAAACAGACUUUGCGACUUGCAGAGACUAGAAGACGCGAAGGAAGAGUUCAAAAAGGCGUCCGACGAUCUGCGCGACAAAAGAGGAGUUAUCGGAACGCUGGGCUCGAGAAAGAUCCGCGCCAAGCAGCAUAUGGAGUGGCGAACCCAUUUAUAUCAGAUUUCGCUCUACGAACACGUGCGUUCCCUUUAUUUUCUGACAUUUUAUAAACGUGAGAAUAAGACGACAAAUUUUUAGCAACUCGCACGCGAAAAAGAUCUUUCGAAACUGGCGGACGAGUACGUACGGAGCAUAGUGCCACGGGCGGCGCCACUCGUCAAAGCGAUUCCGAAGCAGUUGCUCAACGAUCUGAUACAGCUGAAUCGGACGGCGCAACUCGAAGAAUUCAUUCGAUUCGUGGAGAAUUAUCAGGAAGUUUGGACAUGUGUUCACGAUGAAUCUGUUGUUAAAUAAAACAUUUUGUUGAAAAAAGCGGGGCGUUGUUCUGCACUUUUGAACCACUUGUAAUAUUCCGAUCGAAUCCAAACUUUGUCGAUUUUGGCCGAAAAGCCCGGGCUUUCGACCAAUUCGGGCUGAAACUUCAAUCCAGGCCCAAGAAGCCUGCAACUCAGACAUAUUAAGUCUUUUUUUUUUCAAAUAUUUCCCCGCGGCGCCGAAGGCUUCUGUGCAUUUUCGCGUGGCCGUGUUCGCGGUUACGCUGACGAGGACUUGGCCAAACUAGAAGGUUCUUUUUGCGAUUCGAGAAGGAAUGGAAUUUGUGAAGAGAAAAAUGGUUUUCAAGUGUAUAUUUUUCAAUGCAAUUAUUAUCGAAAUUUUUAUUUUGAAAGUACACAGUUCAAGAAAUGUUUUAUCAAAAUCUGAAAAUAAUCGAAUAACAAAGCAUUCUUUGCUUAGAUUUUGUCUAUUUUUCCGCUCGAAAACUUCAAAAUUCAAAAUUAGUUGCCGGGCUACGGUAGUUUAAAGGCGCAUAGCCCAUUUUCGCAAAGCUUUUGGGAAAAAAUUUUCUCGUCUUCACCGAAAAUUGCUUAAUUUCAUGAGACAAUCUACAGAGGUUUCAGACCGUCAUAUUCCGAUGAUCGAGAACUGCAAAAUGAGAUCUUUUAAUGGUAAUGUUUUGCUGAAAAAUUCCAGAAAACCUGAAAAAUCAAGUUCAUUUCCGAGAAAACCGUUUUUCCUGGAAAAACAAGUGAAAAUAAAUACAUUUUCGAAUUUAUAUUGACGUCUUUCAGUUUUAAAAUUUGUGAUAACCCUGCAACCCCCUCCACAAGCACUUCUUUGGCCAGCCUCCUUCGGCCGGCCGGGGUCGCAUUGCGAAAUUUCUGAGAGAAAAUUUGUUCUGAAUUUUUCCACCCGGAAAAGUGUUUACCCUCGUUUUUCGUUAUCAGAUCACUCUGCUCGUCGGCCGUUUCGCCUCUCUUGCCCGGUCUUAUCAAUCGAGCGAAAAAUCAAUUUAAGGGCUAGCAAGGGAGAAGGGCGCCGCCGCCGCGUCUUUACACUUCUCUCGUGACACUUUUUCGCUUCAAUUUCUAUUUUAAUUCGAUUUAUUUAUUUUUGCCAAAUUAAAUGAAAAUUAGUGUAUACAGAUAAAAUGAGCAACAAUCGAAACGAUGACAUCGACGAACUCUCCGUGGGCGAUUUGAAUUUUCUCGGCAACGCGGUAAGGAAUCGGCUUUUUGAAAUGGGUCUCGUCGCGAGUUUUUGAAGCACUAGAAUUGAGAAAUCAUUCAAAUUUAAAAUUUGUCGAUAUAAAAUUUAGGCGGAUUUGGUGCCGGAGCAAGAAAUUGCGGCCGUCGGUUUACUGCCCAUGUACCCGGUGAUAUCGGAUAAGCGAUCGGUGCCGACGGUCGGAAACGACGAAAUUCGAUGCGAAAUUGACAUGUUUGACCAGGAGGAAAAGGUAAGAAUAGUAGAGAAUCAUUGAAAAUGGGCAGAAACUCACGUUUUAGCCGCGUUGUGACAUUAGCCUUUCUGAGUUGCACUGCCCACCGAUGGACGUUGAGGAGAAGGAGUUUUUUGGUGAGUUUGAGGCAAGAAUGAGCAAUUCGAACGUUUCAUAGUGCCACACCCCCUUUCCUGUUAGGAUUGCUAAUGCUAAGCGUGAUUGGACUUUCCUAAGAUUUGUUUUUUUCCAUUUUCAGGUCUUUCCCCGGGGGAAUUGUUCUUUCUGAGUAUGCACCAUUUGAGUUCCAGACUUGGAUCAUCAAAUGACUCCGAAAGCGUCCGAACUCUGUCCUCGCGAGCCGAUUUACGAACCAUACAGAGCGGAUUUUCAGCCGUGUAAGUUUCUCAGAAUUCGAUUAGCAAUGGAGCACGCUUCCAUUCAUGGCACAUUGUUCCCGCGAAAAUUGACGGAAUAUUCGAGUCCGUGACAAAAGGUCGGAAAACCAAAAAGGUCGGAAGCCAAAAAAUCGGAAAAAAUGCCAAAAGGUCGGAAAACUGGGCGAAAAAAAAACGUUUUCCGACCUUUUAGCACUGUUUCCGACCGUUUGGCUUCGGGCCUUUCUGGUUUUCCGACCUUUUGUCACGAACUCGAAUAUUCCGUCAAUUUUCGCGGAAACAAUGUGCAUAUGAAUGCAAGCGCUCUGAAUUGGUAAUCGAGUUUCAAAUCGUAACAAUUCCAUUCCGAACACCGUGCGAGUUCUACUUCGUUGUAGCCUCCAUUUAGCAGAUUUUUUCAACGUGUAGUAAGUGGCAAGGUGCCCUUCUGUGCUGUAUUAAUCGAUUUGAAAAAAAUACAUUCACUUUUUUCAACUUGUUGCUUUUUCCAGGCACAAAAUACAGUUUCCAUUAUUCGCAACAGCUGCAGUCGCCGACGCCCGCUUUCGAGGUCCAAUUCGGGCAGUCCGAGUACCGUCCGUACUCGGAUCCACAUGAAUUCACCCUUUCUCCAUCGGAACUUCUCUCGCCGUUCUCCUCGCCCGCAAGCCCCGCCUUCACCGUCUCGGACCUGCCGAUCGGAGACGUUCGCUCGAAUAGUAAGCCAUUUUUAUUGUUUUCCGAUUUUGAAAUGUCUGUAAACCUGAAUUUAUCAAGAGGCCUGGACUUUUGACCCACUUGCAAUUAUUCGAUCGCACCCAAACUUUGCAGACUUCUUGUUCUUGGACUGAAGUAUGUUGGAAACGAGUUUCAGACCGAUCCGAUCAUCCGGUCUGAUUGAGGCCGAAAAGGCCUGCGAAAAUUGCGGCCUUGGCGGCCUCAAGCCAGUAUAUCUCGGAUCAGCUAAUCCAAUCGGGUUGAAACUUGGACCCAAAAUACUUCAAUCCAAGUCCCAGAAGCCUGCAAAGUUUCGGUCCGAUCGUAUUAUUACAAGUGCGCCAAAAGUCCAGGCCUCAAAAAGCCGAUUUUUUUUUCAAAUUUUGAGAUGCAUAAUUUUGUUUGCAGACAGCAACGAAUCGUCGGCGGAUAUGCGUACACGUGGCGGCCGUAAGAUGUCGGUGUGCUCGGUGAAAAGCGAAAAAUCGCGCAAAUUCGUCGCCUACGAGAAGCCGACGUUCCGUGCGCGACGAACAAAGGCCGACAUGGAGGCGAUGGUAAUCAUUUUUUGACUCGAUUUUUCGCGCAGAAUAAGAUCGUUUCUUGCAGACCGAGGAAGAUAGAAAAUUGCUGAAAAUGGAGCAGAACCGCAAGAAUGCGAGUAAUUGCGUUGCGCGCCGGAAAGAAGCGAAAGAGAAGAUGAAAAUAGAACUGCCGGGGCUGAAGGAGAAAUUAGAAAAGCUCACAAUAAAGAAUGAGGACCACGAGAGGCAAAUUAGAAAUGCCUAUGCGAACGCAUCCCGUUUCGAUAAUAACGCGCCGUACGGAAUGCCGGAAGGUAGAGAAAAUUAAGAAAAAUUUGAAAGUUGUACCUAACAAUUGCAGCAUUCUAUGGAUUGAUCGAGAGCCAGAGGGAGGAAGUGUUCAGGAGAAUCAGCGAGAAGCAGGAUGGUCAUAUUCAUGAACUGAAGCUGGUAAUUUUCAUAGUCAAUUCAGUGCUUUGGCAUUGUUCCAGAAUAACCCUAAAAAGACAUAUUUUUACCAUUUUUCCUCGAAUUUUAUUGAUUUUUUCAGCAGAUAAUUGCAAAAAUCGAUAAACAGCAAUUUGCUGCGGAAAAAAUUGCAAAAAUGUGCCGUUUUGGAAUACUUUAAUGCUUGUUUUAUUGAAAAAAUUUUGUUUUCAGAGUUACACGAAUGCUCAGGACAAAUACAAUGCGGUGAUGGGCCAGGACAUGUCAAACGUGAAACAGGCGACGUUUGCGUCCCAAAAAUCGCGCGCCAACGGAGAAAUGCUUCUGGCGGAACUCUUCUACAAAACGGCCGUUGUGAAUAGAGAUAUCGAGAAGGAAAAGGUGUUCGAAGAGGUGCUCAACGAGAUUGCCGCCUCGCUCGAUCCGUACCUGUCGCAAAUCAGCUGCCCACAAAUUUCACGCAUUAAUUUCCAGCACGACGGACAACAGAACAUGGACUACGGAUAA